AUGAAGAUCACCCUCGCCACCGUCGGCGUCCUCGCCGUCGGCGCUAGCGCCGCCCCGAGCAUCUUUGACAAUGCAGGUGUCCGUUACGGCCACGGUGUGCAGCUUGGCGCUCGCGAGGCCGAGGCCGACGCGAACGCGCGCGCCCCCGCCGCCGAGAAGCGCAUGAUGCCCUGCCCCGGCAAGGCCGCCAUGGCCGAGCGCAUGCGCGGCAACGCUCCCAUGGGCACUGCCUCGUGGGCGCCUGGUCCCCUCGGCGCGCUCCUCUCGCGUCUUGGCCUCAACCGCCCCCACUUUGAGCACAUGGCCGACUCGGCAGUGGUCAAGUACGGCAAGGGCAAGCACCACGGCGAGCAAGGCUCGGACCACUCCAUCUUCGUCCCCGAGGACGUCGAGGGUGUUGUCCAGGAGUUUGAGCCUGCGCUCCCCAUCAUGGAGGGCGGUGUCGUCCACAUCCUCCCCAUUGAGGGUUCCUCCGCCGUCGGCCAGGCGUCCGACGACGACGACGACCACCACCACAAGUCGCACCACAAGGAGCACAAGCACAAGGAGCACAAGCACAAAGAGCACAAGCACAAGGACCACAAGCACAAGGAGUACAAGGCCAAGCACAAGGGCCACAAGCACGGCAAGCACCACUCGCACAAGCUCUCGAGCGUCCUUGCCAAGUGGAACGACUUCUCGUCGCGCAUCUGCGCCGGCUUUGCCAACCUCCCCCUCGAGGCCCGUCUCUUCGUCUUUGGCGCCCUCAUCGCCGUCCUCCAGGUCUUCUUCUCGCUCAUCUUCCUCGCUGUCCGCCUCCGCCGCGGUCGUGGCCGCGAGGCUCGCCGUGAGGCCCGCCGCCAGCGUCGCGACGCCCGUCGCCAGGCCAAGGCCGCUUACAAGGCUGGCAAGGCUGCCCUGAAGCAGAACCAGACCGACGCCGCGGCCGCCAAGCAGGCCGAGGCCGGCUUCGCUAUCGAGUCCGAGGAGGAGGGCGAGGCCCUCCCCUCGUACGCUGACGGCGAGACCGACCAGCUCGUCGAGCGCCGCUAA